GCAUAGCUCAGACGCCUUGUUGUCCUCUGAAGGACCCUUCAUAAUUCAAACAUGGCGGCGUCCGUAAGGGUGUGCUGUGCCCUCCGCAUCACAUUCGGAGGUGCUGCACCACUCCGUGCAACAUGGGGAGCAGUUCAGGUAUCCCACUUUGCAAGUGGAGCCUCAGCUGCUUCUCUCCAAAGGACCCCCGCACCUCCACUGUUACCUGCAACAGUGUGGCAGCAAACUAGACAUGGCAGCUUCUUCAAUAAGUUGACGGCUGAGGAGUUGUGGAGAGGUGUGUUGGCGGAGUCAGGCGCCGGAGCCAGGAAGGGUCGAGGGAAGAGAACCAAACGCAAACUGAAGAGGGACCUGAACCGAGGACAGAGCAUUGGAGAAGGUCGCGGCGGUUUUCUCUGGCCUGGUCUGAACGCUCCGGUGCUGAAGGAUGGGACUCUGCAGAGCAUGAGUCGAAGAGGCGAGACUGAGCAGCAGGAGGUGCAAGCUGAACUAGUGCGACUGAGAGAUGAGUGGGAGAGGAAGAGGAAGAUGAAGGUGAAGAGGGAAAGAGGAUGGACGGGAAACUCCUGGGGGGGCAUCAGCCUGGGCCCCCCUGACCCUGGACCAAAUGGAGAAACCUACGAGGACUUUGAUUCACGUGUCAUUGAGGUGAAGAGUGUGUUCAACAUGACCGCCAAGGAGGGCAGGAAGAGGUCCAUUAGCUGUCUGGUCGCCGUUGGAAAUGGCAACGGAGCUGCAGGUUUUGCGUUGGGUAAAGCAGCAGACAGAAACACAGCUCUGAGGAAGGCCAAGAACAGAGCUAUCCACUACUUGUACUAUAUAGAACGAUACAACAACCACACCAUUUAUCAUGACAUUGAAUCCAAAUUCAAGAGGACAACGCUCCGCAUGAAGAAACAAAACGAAGGUUAUGGUCUUCACUGCCACCGGGCGGUCAUCACUCUUUGCAGGCUGAUCGGCAUACAGGACAUGUACUGCAAAGUAGAAGGAUCAGUCAAUCUCCUCAACAUCACCAGGGCCCUCUUCACAGGAUUAGCCAAUCAGGAAACCCACCAGAAGCUGGCGGACAAGAAGCAGCUCCACGUCGUCGAGUUUCAGUCGCAGCGAGGGCCGCUGCCCAUGGUGGUUGCGAGUCCUAAAGACGGGGCACGACCCAACCCGGAGCCUGAGGACGAGAUCCCCAACACCCGUCUGCACUGGGACGACGUACGAGCCGCACAGGGAACCAAACGCUCGAUCUGGGCGGGUGUCAAGCGUACCAUCUGGUAGUGUGGGAGUGGGAGAUGAACCACAAGACAGAUGAUUGGACUGAUAGAGGCCACAAGUGUCAGAUUGAGGGUCGGACUUUUGGCUUUGUCCAGAAAAGCUAAAAAAUAUCUGUGGAAGAAGAACAUUUUUUUCUCAAGCAGAAUAUCAGUUUUUGUUAAUUAUCUAUCAAAUCUAGUGGAUUGUGAUUGUUAUGUCAACUGAGGACUAAAUUACAUGUUUCUCAAACUGAAGGCAUCUCAUCUGAAAACAUAAUUCUCCGGACACACCCAGAAUUGACGCUCAGCAAAAUAUUAACUCCCAAGAUAUCAAUGUUUCCUUUAUAACUGUAAAAGAUUAUUCUAGUUCCCUAUCCACAUGAAAUUGUACUAAUGGAAUAAAGUAUGGAUAUGUAAAAACGUGA